AUGAAAUACUUCGCUUGCUUCCUUGCCCUCGUGGCCGUGCUCAGCGUGGCGUCUGCUGGCUACAUCCGCUCCGGCUGGUCCUCCCCGUACGCCUAUUCAUCGCCGGUGGUCUACUCGCGCCCACUGGUCAGCCGUGUGGUCUACUCACCGUCUUACUACAGCGGCUACGGGGGCUACAGCGGCUACGGUGGCUACGGAGGCCGCGGUGGAUACGGCGGAUGGUCUUCCGGCUACAGGAGCGGCUGGUGG